AUGUCUUCUUCGGAGCGAGACAGCUUUUACGACGGGGACUUUCAGCUGAGACAUCAACAGUCGGCUUCUUCAGAUCCCAAUCUUCGAGCACUUGUUCCAAUGUGGGACAGCUCUGACCCCGAACGCUGCCCCCCUCCGCUGCCUCUCAAUCCGGGGUCGCCAUUAACUUCACGGGUGGGAACUUCGAGCGCUAUCGCAUCUGCUCACGCUGCACUUAAUGAGCGAGCGAGAGAGAGCACCAUGGUUCCUACCAAGAGAAUAGAAUCCCCGACAAAAGGACAUCGCCGACUGCAGUCUUCAGUCCGUGAUAUCAGCAUGAUGAUCGAGGGUGCUAGCGGCCAUAGCUCACCAUCGCGAUCACCAGAGCGUCAACAACGCCCAGAGACGCCCUCUCGGUCGCGGGAUGUUGAUAAUCGACCAAGCGAAAAGGACUCAGUAGUGUCGAGCACGACACCAGUACCAGGACCCAGCUUGACGCCGAUUCUGCGUCCUGCAGUUCGACGGCCUCCUCCUCAAAGCAUCCUCGGCGAAAACACACCACCGCAAUCGUCCACUAUGCUUGCUCUUCAACACAUGACCUCAUCCACACCUGUCAAAGAACCGGAGAACCCUCUUACGGAUAUCACAAAUGGCUCAUUAACCUUGUCAAAAGGUCCCCAGAACCUAGAAGCGUUGUCUGAUCAAAUUCUCAGCCUGACCAGCAUUGCGACAGGACUUCAGAAGGAGAUGUCUCAAUUGAGCCGUCGAAGCAGGGACAAUGCUACGGAUCUCCUUAGCCUCAAGGAGGCUACAAAUUCGAGAGAUGAAGAUAUCCGCAAAAGCCUCAGAGAGCUUUUGGGAAGUCACGGCAAUGGCAACGAUGGUCACAAUAGGCUUCCUCCAGCUCGCGAUCCCUUUGGAGGAUAUUACCUAGACAACAAGCCACACAAUCUCUCUCCACCAAGCACCAGGGGUUUUCAUCUCCCUAGAAUUCCCUCUCCCAAGAGCUUUGGCGACUCAAUUGAGCGAGGGUCCAUCAGCACACCCUCUCUUACUGGCUCUGAGGCGCCACCCUCCGUCAUUCUUCUGGAGCGAAUCAUUCGGGAAAUGGGCACCAAGGAAGGGCAGGAGUCUCUGCUCGGCCGUUUACAGGAAGUUUCCAAUAAACUGUCUGGCAUGGCCACAUCCCAGAAGCUGGACGAAGUCAUUGAACAGGUAAAGGCUCAGUCCGAGCAGGCCAUCAUCCUCGGAAACUCUCUCGCCAGUCCUCAUGCGAGCCGGUCUCGUAACCUCAGCUUUGAGUCAGAAAAUAGCCGCAGCGAUACCAUGCCGGGCCAAGCAAGGAGCGCCGUUUCCCAGCGCGUUGAGCACAUUAUGAGGAAUGAGGCUCGUCGAAAUUCGGAGCCAUCAGCUCGUGGUGCUGAAAUUUUGAAUGACGACCUCAUAAGCAUCAUUCGCUCCGUCAAAGACAGUGUCUCUCAAGGCGGAGGUCUUACUGCCGAAGUCAAGGCUCUUGUCCGCGAACUACGAGGCGAGGUCCUGGGCAUGGGCCGAGAGAUUGGCCGACGUCUCGAGCAGCAAGCUUCUCGAAGAGGUGUUGAAGAUCAUGAUACUCCGAGCAAAGAUGAAGUCGCUCGCGUUAUCGACGAGGGGCUUGAGCAAAUGAAGGAUCAGCUGAAUCAUGUUCUCCGCGAGCAUCGACGCCAGUCAGCUGCUUCGGUCAACACUCAGAAAAGCGCUGUCGACUACCAAGAGAUAUACAAUGCCAUGAGAGCGGCCAUCCAAGACAACGAGGCAACCAAGAGUAACUUACCCGACUUGAGCCGAGAAGAUGUAAUCGAAGCUGUCAGAGACGCCUGGGAGAACUAUAAGCCUGAGAUCGAAGUGCAACAGCUCGGACUUGAGAGGGACGAAGUCUUGGCUUGUCUGAAGCAAGGCCUUCAGGAGUAUGCGCCCCGCGAUGACCAGCCUCCCGCUGUGACUCGGGACGAGGUUUUCACUGCUGUUGUAGAUGGUCUGAAGCACUUUGUUCCUCCUCAGGUUGAUCAGCCCGCCACUCUUUCGAGGGAGGAAAUCAUUGACGCAGUUCGUGACUGUCUUGAGGAGUUUGAAUUCCCUGUUGCUCCAGGUGCUGGAAACGACAUCACUCACGAGGACGUUGUACACGCCGUUAGGGAAGGCCUCCAGGACCUCGAUGUCCACUCCAGCCGGGCUCUGGUACCCGCUUCAGCCAGCAAUGAUGAUGUUGCUGAUCGUCUUCGGGAGAUCAUGGAAUUUCUGCGACAUGAGUUCAAGACGUUGUCUGAAGAGACUAAAGAGACUGUCGCGGCCAAUGGACGUGAGACUGAGCAGGUACGGGAUAUGACCAAGGACGGGUUUGAGAACCUUCGACAAGCUAUGGAGAGCUAUGUUGAUCGUGCCACUGGCGCUGCUGGUCAGGAAGAGUUUAUGGAUGACCUUUUGAAGUCUCUGGAAGAUUUCAAGGAUGAGAUGGCAGGUAUUGUCUCAACUACCAACCAAGAAUCUCGUGAGCAGCUUCAGACUGAGCUCGAGGGUCUCCGCGAAAUUGUCAACUCAUCUAUGGUGCCUGCGUUGCCACCUCAGACCAACAACACAGAGGUUCUGGAAGCUUUGAACACCGGCUUCAACAAUUUGCGGCAAGAGGUUUUGCGACCACGCGCCGAGACAAGUGAAAUCCUUGACGCACUUAAUGACGGCCUCAACGACCUUCGGGCAGGUAUGGACCGUGUCACGAACAAGCCUACCGACUUGACCGCCAAUGACGAGAUUCUUGAAGCACUCAAGACUGGACUCGACUCCGUCAGAGCUGAUAUUGAAUCUAUUCGCGACAGUAGUAAUGACCGCGCCGUUGCCACGCUGGAGUCUACACCUCCUGCCAACGACGAAGUCCUUGAAGCACUGAAGUCAGGACUCAGUGGUGUACGAGCUGAUAUUGAAGCACUUCGAGAUAGUCAGACAGAGAAGGCGGUCGCUGUGGUUGAGCCCAAGGAGAACGAUGAGGUUCUCGAGGCCUUGAAGAAUGGCCUCGAUGCUCUCCGUGUUGACAUCGAAGCUAUUCGUCUAAGCACCUCUGAAAAGCCCGCUGCACCUGUCGACAACACCACCAACGACGAGGUGAUUGAGGCUCUCAAGAAAGGGCUUGACUCUCUCCGCGUUGAUAUUGAAGCCGUUCGUGAGAGUAGCGAAAAGGCUAUCGCACCGGUCGACAACUCAUCGAGCACAGAGUUCAUCGAAGCUCUAAAGAACGGACUUGAGUCACUGAAAGCCGAUAUUGAAUUAUCUCGUGACAAUAGUGAUCGUACUGCACUCGGAGAGGACACCUCAAACGAUGAAGUCAUAGUUACUCUCAAGAAUGGUCUUGAUUCCCUCCAUGCCGAGAUCGCAGCUCUUGCAGCCCAGGAGAAGCCUGAUGCUCCCAUAGAGAACACCUCAAACGAUGAAGUUAUCGUCACCUUGAAAAAUGGUCUUGACUCUCUUCACGCCGAAAUAGUAGCAAUCGCUACUGCCCAAAAGGAAGCAGCCGCCCCAGUCGAUAAUACCACCAAUGACGAAGUCAUUGAGGCCCUUAAGAAUGGCCUCGAUUCUCUACGAACCGACAUCGAAGGACUCCAAGAAAGUAACCAGAAAGCUUUAGCCCCAGUUCCAGAUACCAAGCCAAACGAUGAGGUUCUGGAUGCUCUCAGGACAGGAUUAGAGUCUCUCCGUUCAGAUAUCGAAACUCUUCGAGAAAGCAACAAUGAACGAGCCAUUGCACCUGCAGAAUCAGCCAUCGACGAGAAGAUUCUUGAUGCUCUCAAAACCGGCCUUGAGUCUGUUCGUUCCGACAUUGAGGCCUUGCGGGAUAGCAACAGUGAGCGGGCCCUUGCUGCAGUGUCAACUGAGAAGACAGAAGAUGACGGGCCGUCCGAAAAGAUCAAACCGGAUGACAUCAAGAACCUCGAGGUGUUGAUCGCUGGACUUGCUAUCAAGAUCGACUCUGUCAAGUCUGAGAACGAGGGUGUUCAGAAAGAUGAUCUGUCUCGUAUGGAGGAUUUACUUCGCACAGUUCAGGACAGCGUUGACGAGAUCGCCUCCCGGGAGACACUCACAAGAUCGGCUUCUGUAAAGAAGAAGAAGGAGGAUGGAGAAGAAGUGACCGCUCGUGCAAUUGUGGGAGAUGGCGAUGAGCCUGCAUCAAAGGAGGACAUGCAAGCCAUCGAGACUAUCCUGCGCAACACCAAAGGUCAACUGGACGAUCUGAUUGAUGGUGAGCAAGCUGUUCGAAAGGACCACAUCGACAAUGUGGAGGCCUUGCUUCUUGAGACUCGGGAGACUAUGGGCUCCCUUACCACUCAAUUGGAGACGGUCUCCCGCAAAGAGGAGGUCACGGCCUUGGAAGCUCUUCUUGGUCAAGUCUCAACUAGACUUGAUGAGAUGAAGGAACACGCUACCAAAGAGAGUGAAAAUCCCGACAAGGUCACCAAGGCUGAUGUCGAGGCCGUUGAAGCCUUGGCUCUUGAAGUCAAGACAGCUCUUGAAUCUUUUACCAGCACCGACCUCGCUCUCCUCGCGCGCAAGGAGGACAUUGCCAGCCUGGAGGCUCUUCUUGUCAAGAAAGAAGAUCUUACCGGCUUAGAAUCUAUUGUCAAAGACUUUCAGGACAAGCUGGAGACCACAGUUGACGCUCAGACCAAGGCAAUCGCAGUCCGUGAUGAGGAGAGCACCUCCGUUGGCGAGCGCGUUACCGAGGUCAAAACCUUCCUUGAGGAACUACAAGGAACCAUCAACGUCAAGCUUGAAGAGGGCGCAACUGGUGUCGAGAGCAUUAGUAAGCUCCUGGAGACCGUCGGCGAGAAGAUCAACAAGAACGAGAACGUCCACCAGGACCUCAAAGACAUGCUUGAUACCAUCAAGACUGAAUUUGAGGACUCGAAGGCUGUUGUGUCUGGCGUCAAGGUCGAGUCUAACGAGAAACUUCAAGAGGCAACCGAGACGCUAAGCACCAAGAUCGACGAGAAGAUUGGUGAGCUCAUUGCCAAAUAUGAGACUCUUCAGACUACCCUUGAUGAUAGAAGCAAGGUCAGCGAAGCCCGGGACGAGGCUAUGGAGGCAGCCGUUGUAAGCUCUAAAUCUGUCACAGACGAGCUCAAGCUUCUCAUUGAUACUCUGGGCUCUACUGUCACUGAUUCUCUGGAGAAGAUGGAGGAGGCUUCUAAGACUGUCUUCACCAAGGUGGAGGAGCUCGUUGCCCGCAGUGAAGAGACUCACACCGAGGACAAGGCCGAGCAUCAGCAAACCCGCGACCAAAUCACCGAGGCUUUGACGGCUGUCGAGAGCCUGAAAGGAGAGGUCAGCGAGUCUCAUCCCAAGAUUCUCGAGUCUGUCAAGGAUCUUCUUCUACUUGUCGGUGAACACUAUGAACACUCAAAGUCUUCGACGACCGAAAUCCAGGACAAGAUUGUCGAGCACAAGUCUCCUGAAGAGCUCAUGACCCUCCUGACACUUCUCACUGAUGACAAGUUUCAUAACACACAUGUUCAUGAGAAGUUGGAUAAGCUCAUCGAACAGAUUUACAAUGAUUCGGAAGUCAAGGAACGUCUCGACAAAAUCAUCGAAGAAAAGUACAACGACACAGAGGUUCGCGAGAAACUAGACAAGAUCAUCGAUGAGAAGUACGAUGAUUCUCAAGUGCACCAGAAGCUAGCUACCAUCAUCGAGUCUAAGUAUGAUGAUUCGGAGAUUCGGGAAAAGCUGGAGAAAAUCAUCGAAUCUAAGUAUGACGACGCCGAAGUGCGGUCUAAGCUUGACAAGAUCAUCGAAGAAAAAUAUGACGAUGCACCAAUCAAGGAAAUCCUCGGCAUGCUUGUUGAGCAAAAGUACGACGAUACGCCCGUCCGCGAGAAGCUUGAUCUGAUCAUGGACUCCAAGUACGAUGAUACUUUGGUCCGCGAGAAGCUCGAUCUGGUUCUGGAUGGCCGAUAUGACGACGCUGUCGUGCAAGAGAAGCUUGACAAAUUGGUCGACCACAGCGCCGUUGCCGAUCAAGCCUUCAGUCGCCUUGAUACGCUGGAUAAGGUUCAUGCCUCGGUAGUCCAGACAGCUGCUGAUAUUUCCGAGUUCCUCUCAGUGCAGAAGCAGCGAAUUGAGCAGGCUCACGAAGACCAUACCAAGACUCUCCAAGAGACCAUGGCAUCUGUGGAACGUAAGCUCGCGGAGAAGGAUCACGUUGAGGCAGCAGUUGCAAGUCUCCGAGACGAGGAGGAGAGGCUUCGACAGAGUGUUAUGACGCUGAGAACAGAACAGGAGAGCCUGAUACGCCAGAAGACACGUUUGACUGGUGAUGUCUCUUCCCUCGAGACGGCCCUUCACAUGCGUAAAGAGGAACUCUACGACAUGGAAUCUCGUGCUGAAAACCUGGAGCGCCGGAUCCUCGAGGGCGUUAUGGAUCAUUCACGAGUCCUUCUCAUGGCAAAGGCCAAUAGGAACGGUGGCGAUGCUAUGAGCCGCAAACGUGUUAGAAAGCCUGCCAACGAAGAGGAGUCUCCGGAAGCAGGUGCACAUGGCCGGAAGUCUAUGGUUGGCAUGGCACUGAAUGCUAAACGCAAUUUGGCUGCUCCAGUACAGAACGGAGCAGGUCGCAGAAUCGUUUCGCUCAGCCAGAUCAACAACAACGUAGCUUCUGGAGGUGUCAAGCGCAGCCAGAGCGUACGAACCCCUUUGGGCGGCGGUAAAACAUACCGCAAACGAAGCUGGGGUGGUAAUCUCGACAAAGGCCUCGCUGACAAUGACAAAGAGAAUACUCUCAAUGAGACCGUCGAGGAGGUUGAUGAGGCAGACGUCAAGUCAGCAACAGCACCAGAGGUUACAGAAACCCCUACAGAAGAGACAAUAAUCAUUGAAUCGACACCCAAUGAUGAGGAAGCGGAUGGUGGUGAGGGUGGCGACAGCGACAACGAAACCUUGAGAAGAAGCAGUCGAGGCACCGUAGUCACGAACAGCACAGAUAUGUAUACGGAUGGUGACGAGGGUAGUGAGUACAGUUAUACCGAAAGCGAGUGGACAGAGAGCAAUGUUGGGACUGAUGCAGGAUCAGUGCAGGGCAACGAAGUAGUGGUCUAUGGGAAUUAA